AUGCCUGAUUUUAUUAAUUAUUUUAAAAGGCAGCGUAUAGCGGAGGGCUGUAUUAGCGCAUUGUUAACAACAGCGAUGGUAAUGGAGGCGUCCCCAUCCCCGCAGAGCGUUGGCCGUGAAUUCGUCCGCCAGUACUACACGCUACUCAACAAGGCGCCAGCCUAUCUGCACAGAUUUUACAACAACUACUCGUCGUUCGUGCACGGCGGUCUGGACGCGCCCAAUCGCGAGACACUGCCAGUUAUUGGACAGAAGCAAAUACACAACCGCAUCCAGCAACUCAACUUCCGCGACUGCCAUGCUAAGAUCAGCCAGGUGGACUCUCAAGCAACGUUGGGCAAUGGCGUGGUAGUGCAGGUGACAGGCGAGUUAUCUAACGGUGGGGCGCCCAUGCGCCGUUUUACCCAGACCUUUGUUCUUGCUGCGCAGUCACCUAAGAAGUAUUAUGUGCACAAUGAUAUCUUUCGGUACCAGGAUAUAGUGUUCUCGGACGAGGAGGGCGAAGGGUCCGGGCGGUCGGAGGGUGAGGAAGAAGAGGCGGGGGGAGUUGCGGGCGGGUACUUCCCGCCUCCGCCGACUGCCUUCCCGCCCGCGUUCCCUGCCCCGCCGGCGCCGCCGCUGGCGCCUAUCAUGUCGCCGCCAGCCCCCGCGCCCGCGCCCGCCCCAGUGCCCGCCGCUGCUCCCGCGCCCGUCGCCACCCCCCGUACCGCACGUCAAUGGACUUCCGGCCCCGAUAGACGAAACGCGCCACCUGGUAGCGGCGAUGCAAGGUCGGUCUAUAUUCAUUAUAAUGCAACUGUAUAUGUAUACUCGUAA